UGCCAACACAUCAAAGCCAACCCUUUCAAAAUGAUUCCUCGUUUAGAAAGGUAUAAAUUGACUCGUCGAAAAGCUGUUUAUCAAUCUGAAGCUACAAGCUCAAGAAGUGUUUGCAAGUAAACUUAUCCUGAAGCGAAAGGUAUAACGAUAAAAUGGGUCUCUGGCUUUCACGCUUGGUGUCUGUGUUCAGUUCCUUUGGCAGCCAAAAUGCAAGGAUAUUGAUGCUUGGUCUUGAUGCAGCUGGGAAAACUACAAUUUUGUACAAGUUGAAGCUGAAUGAAAAUGUAACGACGAUUCCAACAAUUGGCUUUAAUGUUGAAACUGUUACCCCAGUGAAGAACGUCACUUUUACUGUUUGGGAUGUCGGCGGCCAAGAAAAAAUUCGACAGCUUUGGAGGCAUUAUUUCCAGGGAACAGAUGGCUUGAUCUUUGUUGUUGACAGUGCGGAUGUACCUCGCUUGGCUGAAGCAAGACAAGAACUGAUGAACAUAAUUCUUCAUGAGGAUAUGACAACUCAUUGUCCCGUUGUGGUACUUGCCAACAAGCAGGACCUGCCCAACGCACAACGCGCAAGCAGCCUCGUAGAACAAUUGGGAUUGCGCACCAUUAAGAAUCCAUGGUACAUCCAGCAAAUGUGUGCUGUUUCAGGUGACGGCCUAUACGAGGGUGUAGAACAGAUGGCAAAAAUGGUGAAAGAUUUCAGAAAAGGAAGAGGGUCGCAUUUCUGACUUUUUAAGACUAACUCUGCUUUCUUGUCAAGUCAAGCUUUUCCCCAAAAUAAAAUUACGAUCCAGGACAAGAAGCUUAUAGAUGAGUAGAAGUAGAAUUUUCAACUGUUUUGAUUGCUAUGACAAUCCACUACCGUCACCAUGUAAAUAAUUGUUUUAAGCACGAGUAUAGAAAUAAACACAAUAAGUUUUGUAAUCUGUGUAAAGUUUCUGUGAGAAUCUUAUUAAACGGAAGUAAGAAAAUAUUUAUGUAAUUCUUUUUAAUCUUCAGCGAUAAAUUAUUGCAUUCGUUA